ACAGAAUAAAUAUAAUUUUUAAUAAUUUAUAAACAGUAAUUUAUCUAGAGCUGUACAGAAAAAUGACAGCGUACAUGGUAUUAUAACAUGUACACUUUUGAAUAUGAUAUAAUAAGUGUAUAUUUUGUCUCACUUUGGUUAUACGAAAAGAAUCACAAUUUAUAAUGGUGCAAAAUAUGUUGCGUACCCUGAAAGCAAUAUCUCGAUAUGAGAGACGAAGAUUUUGCAGUAAUAAUCUUCAUCAGCGACUGUCUCCUACAGUGGAUAUAUUAUCGUAUACAGAAUGCACAUUGUCUGUGAAGCAAAAAAUAGAAGGUUAUUGGAGAGAUAAAAUUAAUUCUUACAAAUGCAUUGCUAACAAUGACAUGAAAGAUAAAUUUUAUGUUCUUUCUAUGUUUCCAUACCCAUCUGGUGCUUUGCAUAUGGGUCAUGUUAGAGUUUAUACAAUAAGUGAUGUUUUAGCUCGAUUUUAUAGACUUAAAGGUAAAAAUGUGAUUCAUCCUAUGGGUUGGGAUGCCUUUGGAUUACCAGCAGAAAAUGCUGCUAUUGAAAGAAAAAUUGACCCUGCUGUAUGGACAAGUGAAAAUAUAAAGACAAUGCAUUACCAAUUGAAAAAGCUGAAUUAUUCUUUUGAUUGGGAGAGAGAAUUUGCAACUUGUGAUGCUGAUUAUUAUAAAUGGACACAGGAGCUUUUUCUGAAACUGUUUGAUAAAGGUUUGGCCUAUCAAAAGAAAGCUUAUGUUAAUUGGGAUCCUAUUGAUCAGACUGUAUUAGCUGAAGAACAGGUAGACUUGAAUCAGCGAUCUUGGAGAUCUGGUGCAAUUGUGGAAAAAAAAUUAUUAAAUCAAUGGUUUAUUAAAACAACAGCUUUUGCAAAAUCAUUGAGAGAGGGUUUAGAUGAUCCAAACUUGAAAGAAUGGAAAGAUAUCAUAAAGUUACAAAAGCAUUGGAUAGGUGAUUGCAAUGGCAUUAAUAUCGAUUUUAAACUGAUAUCCGAAAUUCCAGACUUUCCAGAAAUAAUAAACUUGUGGACUGAUAUGCCAGAAUUUAUAGAGUAUGCAAAAUUUGUUGCUAUAUCUCCUGAAAGUAUAUUACAUCGUAAAGAACAUACAUAUGAUAUAGACGUUGGGAUAAAAGGUUUAAAUGCAAAAAUAAUAAAUCCAUUUUCUGGUGAAGAGUUGCCAAUUUUUAUCACCGAUAAAGUGGUUUACCCACCGUGGAGAGAUACCCGCUUGGGUAUACCUUCGGCGUCAAUGGAUGAUUUAAAUUUUUCAGAAUUAGUUGGAAUACCAUUUACACGGCAUUCAAUACGUAACUAUGAACAGCAACAGCAAAAGAUAUCCGAAAUAAUCCAGAAAGCUAGAGAAUGGAGAAUAGGCGGAUAUCCAGUAAGUUCGAGAUUACAAGAUUGGUUAAUCUCUAGACAAAGAUAUUGGGGUACACCUAUACCUAUUAUUCAUUGUAUUAAUUGUGGUAUUCAACCAGUACCUCGUGAUCAACUUCCUGUGACAUUACCAAAGAUAAUACAUUCAUCAUCAAAUAAAGGAUUUUCCAUCCAUGAUGCAAAAGAUUGGUUGCAGACAGAAUGUCCCAAGUGUGGAGAAAAGGCGACUAGAGAAACCGAUACAAUGGACACAUUUGUAGAUAGUAGUUGGUAUUUUCUAAGAUUUAUAGAUCCUAAAAAUACAAAAGAGAUGUUUGCUAUAGAAAAAGUUAAGGAAGCUUUUCCUGUGGAUCUUUACAUAGGUGGAAAAGAACAUGCUGUGCUUCACUUAUACUAUGCUAGGUUUAUGAGUCACUUCUUGCAUUCGGAAGGUCUUAUACCAUGCCGAGAACCAUUUAGACAGCUUCUUGUGCAAGGGGUAAUAAUGGGUAAAACAUAUAAAACUAAAAAUACUGGCCAAUAUGUGGCAGAGAAUGAGCUAAUAAAGGAAGGAGACCAAUAUAAGACAAAGUCUGGAGAACUUGUCUUUAUGAACUGGGAAAAGAUGUCGAAAUCAAAACGCAAUGGAGUUGAACCUAUCAGCUUAUUAUAUAAAUAUGGAAUAGAUACAACUAGAUUAUUAAUAUUGGCAGAUGUUGCACCAACAUCUACUAGGAAUUGGUCGGAAAAUACUAUUCCUGGUAUAAAAAAUUGGCAAAAUCGUAUUUGGAGUACUAUUAAACAAUUUAAAAUUGAACGUGAUAAUAUGUCUUUGGAACAACUUCAAAGUGAACCUACUAAUCCUAACUAUGUUAAACAUAAUGCAUAUAUGUUUGAUAGUCGAAAUUAUUUUCUCAAAAAUGUCACAUAUAACAUGGUAAAAUCACAACAGCUUAGUAUAGCAAUAUCUAGAAUGCAAGGUCUUACAAAUAGUUUGCGAAAAGUUAAUAUAGAGUGUUUGAGAAAAAGUCGCGAAUAUGAACGAGCGUUAGCUGUUCAAAUUAUAAUGCUUGCUCCAUUUGCUCCACAUUUUGCCUCCGAGUUAUGGGCUAUUUUUUGUUCUGUGAAACAUCAUCUAAUAGACAAUAAUGAAGUAAGCUUGGACAAAGAUGUGCUCGAACAAAAAUGGCCAGACAUUGAUAUGGAUUAUAAACUUAUAUUGAAUGUUUAUAUGAACAAAAGACAAUUUUUGAAAUUGAAGUUUCCUCGAUAUAUAUUGGACAAAAUGACUGCAGAAAUGGCAUUAGAAGAUGUAAUCCUUCAUCCACAUUAUAAAAAGAUUUCUGAUGAUAAAAAUAUUGUAGAUAUCAAUCUUGAAUCAGAGAAAGGCUGCGAUGCAUCAUUGUAUAUAACCAUGGAAAAACAGAAAGAAGAUAUUAGGAAUACUGUUAUUACAGACUAAAGAUAAGUUAUAUAAUACUUUUGUUUUUAAUAUAUAUAAAAUAUUAAUAAAAAAUUGUAUUAUAAGAA